AACUAAAAAUAAACGUCAAACGGGCGUCAAACACAAAAAUUAACCUACAAAUUUUAACACACGCUUAAAGAUUCAAAAUUCUUAUUUGUAAAUUAAAACUUAAUGAUUUUGAUAUGAAUAGUGCUAGAAUAAAAAAAAUAGUUUAUGAUGAAUCAUCUUUGAGACCAAUAAUCGGUAAUUUCCAAAAUGGAAUUAUACAACCAAGUACGGAAGACAAAUUGUCCUGUGGCCUAUUUAAAGAUAACAUCACAAAUAAUACAAAUGCAAUUAUUACUUCUGAUAGAGGUUUUUAUAAUGCGGUAAUAAAUCGAGAUGAAGAUUCCUAUAAUAAUUUUAUAGUGAUAUGUAACAAAAAGAAGGAAACAUGCAAAUUUAUAGCCGUUGACAAAGUUACAUUUGAUUUUUCUCUAAAUAAAAAUAAAAUAUCUCCGGAUGUUAAUGAUAAUGAGGCUAAUAAAAGUACAGUCAGUGAUUUAAUCAAGAAAUUUGGAUCUAAAAAGCAAAGAAAGUUUCGAGAGCAAAGCGAAAGAAUGCAAUUGGAUGUCCAAACUAUGAAAGAACAAUUCGAACAAGUUGUUGAUGAGACUCAUAUUGAUGAAGCUGAUUUAGCACCACAUAAUCCUGAAAAUUUGGAAACUAGUUAUAAACCUCCUAUUAAUAGAGAUGCAGAAAAUGUAAAAGAUGUUUAUCCAUUAGAAUCUUUGGUUCCAUUAAAUGUUUUAUCAGAAUUAGAAGAAGAAGUAAAUUCAUUAUUAAACGAAGAAAAUGAUGAGUUAAAAGUGACAUCAGAGUUUGUAAAAAGAGAACUUUUAAAACUACAAAAAAGUUCUUUGACUCAACAGGAUAUAUUAAAAGCUGAAAUAUUCUUGUAUAUUGAAUAUCUUAUAAAAUACAUAAAAUUACCGGCUAAAUGCAUUGCAGUUAGAAAAUAUCAACCAUGUGAAUAUUCUCAAAUAUUAAGUGAACACAUUUUUAAACAAUUCUCUAUUUCAACUUCAACCGGAAAAAUGAGACCAUUAUCAAUGCGAGAUAAAUGUCUUUGCUACAUUUUAGUAUUGGGUAUAAUUGGAUGUGAUUAUACAAUGAGUAUAGAACUCCUCUCAAAAGAUUUAAAGCAAGGUAUUAAAAAGUUGCAGGAAUUAUGUAAAAUAUUGUCUUUUACGCCUCUUAUAAAAGAUAAAACAGUGGUAACAUUAAAAUUGCCUCUACCAACACCACCAAGUCAUCAAGCAAUGAAUAAAAAAAGAAAACGAUAAAAUAAGAUUUUUAUUAUUAAUUUAAUUUUGCAAUAAAAUUAUAAAGGAUUA